UUACACUCACAACAGUGAAGUGAACGGCGGCCAUAACUCGUCAGCGAAGGAACGCGGGAAAACCUAUUUUGACAGUUGAUUCGAGAGAAAUUUUGCGCGCGUUUUUGACAAGCCACCAUGUUUGUUUUGAAGACUCUAGUGUUCUGCUCGGCGUGGCUGCUGAUACAAGGCCAAGGAUCAAACGUUCCCGCCACCACUCCGGUCCCGAUAUUAAAGCAAAUCAACAGACAAAACGAUGACGGAUCGUACAGUUACGGCUAUGAAGCAGCCGACGGUUCAUUCAAGAUUGAAACGAAGUACCCUAAUGGGGAUGUCGCGGGGAAAUAUGGGUAUAUCGACGAGAGCGGGAAACAAAGGGAGAUCUCGUACGGAGCCAGCAGCGCUAGAGGAUUCGAGCCCCAAGGAGCCGGUAUCAUGGUCCCACCACCGACGCUGCACGACCCGUCUUCCAACGCUUUGACUGACGGACAAGAAGACGACGGUCAGUACCGCGAGGACCCGAAGAUCUACGAAGACCCGAAAUACAAUGGCAGACAGAGCGCGAAACCCGCUCAAGGCUUCAGACAGUUCCAGCAACCAGCCCAGCCGGCUCAAGCUGAACCGCAAUACCAACGGCAGCAGUACCAGAGCUUCCAAUCCAGCUUCCCAGCACAGCCCCAAUACCAACCGCAGCCUCAGUACCAGCAACCCCAAAGUCAAUACCAACAAGCGCAAUAUCAACCCCAACCUCAAUCCCAAAGUCAAUACAGGUCGCCGCUAUUCUCGCAGCAAAGCAAUCUCUUCAAUCAGGCACCUCAACAGUUCCCUCAAAGCCAAGUUUAUCACCAACAACCUCAGUUUUCGUAUCAAGCGUUCACGCCACAGCCAUCCAGCCAAUUCCAGUCCCAGAACUACCAGGCCCAGUCCAGUCCCUUCAACGGCCACCCAGCCCAGAACUUUGAUCCCAGCACCGGCUCUUACUCUAUUAACUUCACCGGCUAAGUUAAAUGUUGUGAGACGACAAGUGAGAAAAUAUAAGACGCAUAACAUAGUCAUUCAUAAUUUCAAUAUUCAAAUCUGUCGUCUAAUUAAAUUGUAAACAAGCUUUGUUUGUUUGUUCGUAAGUGCUCCACAGUGGGUGGGUGGAUAUCGAAUGUGGUAUAUUAUUUUUAACCAGUUUAUCAACAAGAAACAUGCUGUAGCCGAUUUGGUUAGAUUGUGUUUUGCAAUUUUUUUUUGCAUUUUCUUGAUCAAAAGAGACAAAACACAUUGUAACCGUGGUGGCUAGGUCGUAAAUAUUAAAAACAAGAAUGUUCAUUUCGCUCAAAUCGUUUUGAUAAAUAAUUGAAUAAUUGAUUGAUAAUAUUUGAUGAAUAAUUGAUUUUCGCGGGUAAAAUAAAAAUUUCGGGUUCAAUGUAGCAUUUAUCUUUAAAAAAAAUAACAAUUUCCGAAGUUUCCAAUAUUUUACAAAAUUCAUGGUAACUAAGGUAUUACUUGUCAAAAUUAGUACAUACCGUACCUAAUCUAAUUAUGCCAACUACUGUAAAAAAAUAUUAAAGCUUUUUAAAAGAAAUUAACGCAAAGGUAUUAAGAAUGUAAAAUGAAAAGAACAAUCGCGAUCUUAAACAGCCAAAGCGGAUGUAAUCUUUAAAUUUGACAAAUUCACAAAUUGAUUUAAACACGUCCUAAUACGAAUUGAUUUGACAAACCUAAGACCUAAUUAAUUGUAGUUAUUCAAGAGAUAAUUAACCGAAUAUUGAAGCCUAAAGAUUAUCAGUGAAAAUAAAUAACGAUAAUUAUUGUACUUUAUAUAAUCUUUAUUUUAUUAUUUCACGUUUUUGAACUAGUCAGAAAAUAUAUAACAAAUUUAUUUAAAAUAUUAAAAUUCAUUUAUAUCAUUCACAACAAUCUAUUUAAUGAAUUGAUAAAUAAAAAUAUGUUUAUUUUCUGCUUUUGACAACACCUUCGAGAAUCAUUUUGAAACGGCUAAAAACCUUUUUAACGUUAUCCAAAUUUCAAUAAUUUAAUUGAAAUAUAUUUAAUUCGUAAAAAAACACAUUAGACA